AUGAACCCAUCCACCCCCACGAUCCAGCCGCAAGGGACGCCGCCAGUGGAUCCCAGCUACGGGGAGGGUGAAGAGCACCCCACCACCAGUAAAGGCAAGAGAAAGCCAUCUGGCCCCGUCAGGCGAGAGAGCUGCCAGCGACUCAAGACUACCAGAGCGUGCGAUACUUGCAAAGAGAAAAAGACUCGCUGCAGCGGGACUCGUCCAUGUGCGCGUUGCCAGCGACUGUCGCUGGUCUGUGAAUACGAAACGACGUAUGCCAGGGGACUUGGCCCGCCACCGCCGCCACCGCUGGAGCUGACCUUCGUUGACCAGCCGGACAAACAGCAGCACUUCAAACAGGAUUCGAGCUUCCUGACAUCGCUUCAACGGCCCGGACUGCAUGAGGCUGCUCCUCGUGCUCCAACGAGCAGUACCGAUCUCUUGACGGCGGACUUCCAGGGAGGCUACCUAGAUCUGGCGUCAGGAACCUCGUUUAUCAACCGGGUAUGUCAACGCCUCAACCAAGACAAGACGCCGUCCACCGGUGCCAUGAGUGUCUCGGACGGGUUCCAUGGCGAGCUCUCGGACAGCCCGUCGGUCACCAAAUUUGGGGACAAGCCGUAUUCCAGCCUCUAUAAGCUAGACUUCACCCUUCCUCCGUUGGAGAGGGCACUGGAGAUGGUCGCGACGUACUUUGAAUAUGCCGUUGUGACCUACCGGUUCUUGCAUCGCGGUCAUGUCGAGCAAUGGCUCCGUCAGAUCUACCAGAGCAACAUUUCGGUCACAAACCUGCCCACAGACCUGAUGGUGGGACGGUGCUGUAUUGUGUACAGUGUUCUUGCGAUUGGUACACUUUAUGAGCGGCGAGCUCCCGAGUCCGAUGUAGAUUAUGACGAGCAGAGCGAACGCUGGUUUGCCCUCUCCAAGUGGAUGUCGUCUAUUGAGUCAGGCGCACCACAGCUAGAGACCGUACAAGCGAGACUGAACCAAAGCCUUUACCUCCUGGCGUCGUCGCGAGCCAGUGAGUGCUGGUUCGCAUUCGGCACCACCGUUCAGUUCUUGACCGCUCUGAACAUACAUCGCAAAUGGCCGUCUGCGAUGGUCAGGGAGGGUAAGGGCACAUAUCUGGAGCAAGAACUUCGGAAGAGAACCUUUUGGAGCGUGUACACAUUGGACAAGUAUCUGAGCGUGAUGUUCGGUCGACCACGGUUGCUGCACGAUGAGGACUUUGAUCAAGAGUUUCCGGACGAGGUGGCAGAUCAAGACUUAUUGAUCAAUGAGCCGAGCAUGCGCUCUGGCGUGCCCGACGAUCUGAUGAUUGCAUCCGUACUACAUUACCGGCUCUCACGGGUGCUGGCAGACAUUUCAAGGAAGCUGUACACCCCCAAUCCGCCGGAAGGGUCUCCUUUUAAGGCAGCCAUCCUGUUAACCCUGGAACUGGAACGAUGGAAAGAGGCUGGAGCCCCAUUGAUGGAUCGCUGGCGAUCUCAGAUCCAGCAGCUCGCCUACUCCCACGCAAUCAUUCAUAUCACACGCCGAAAAGCUCUCCUCCAUGGGUUUUGGUUUACCCAUUACGUGUGUUUCUGUGCCAUUAGUGUGGUCUACAUCCACAUCAUCAAACAGCAUCAAGCGUCGUCGACGAGCGAUACAUCGAACAGGAAGGUGGAAAACAGCAGUCAGCUGCAAUAUCUGUUCAGCCUCGCCGAGACCUGCCAACAGCAUCUCGGGAAGGCCACCUCCCGGAGUAGUCCCAACCGUCGCUAUGGCAUUAUUCUGGAGGAACUGCGCCUAGAGGUCCACCGACAAGUCGUCUCCAGUCACCGACCAGGCGCUCAAACGGAAACAGAAGAUGACAGCCAUAAAAGCCUUUCCAAGGCAGACAGCUUUCUUUCGCCUAGCUUCCAUCCCGCCCCGGUUACCGCAGCCUCCCCGAAGCCGAAUAUCAUGGUGUUUGAACCACUGCUCGUCGACCUCUCUGCCUCUCACCUUUCGAACGACUCAUUCAAAUUAUAUGAUAGUUUCGGUUUCCCGGAUAGCUCUGAUACUUCGGCCUGGUGGGCACAACUAGACUCCUGGGCAUACACAGAUCUUCCUGAGGAGCCGUCUAUCUUCCGAUUUUAG